UCUGACCCCGUGAGCGGUGCUGCAAAUGGGAUCAACUCUUUGGCCCACUCGUCGACCCGUUGGUCAUCGGGCGCAGAGCCCAUCGCACCGCCGAUGACUGCACUGAAAGACAAAUAUUGGAUGACUAAUACCCGACUGUCCUCUCCUUUUCCGCAAAGGGCUCAUACUUUGUCCACCGGAUCGGACGGUAACGACACUGACAGCAAUAGCUGUGGAGGUAGUGGUGCCGACUCUCUAUCGCCAACUAUGAGUCCCUUUGGAUCUCCUUCGAAGUAUUCGCCACUCCAUUGGUCUCUAAGUCGCGAAACUUUCGCCAACACGACUGUCCACUCGGCGCCCUUUAGUUCAUAUGUACUAAUCGUUUGUAUAAUAGUAUAG